CGGGGCUAACAAGCAUUUACUCUGGUGGGUUUAAGGCCUUCGCCGGGAUGGAUACCACGUAAAUAAAGAACAACGCUUUCUUUUUGGAGACCGCGUUGAACACCGUAACGCGUUGUUUUCCUUGAAACGGAAUAUUCACACAGUCGUUGUUUAUGAUGGCGACUGGGAGCGGAGGCGGUAUGGCGUCAAAUCAUGAAGCUGCGUCCAACUCUAUUCAGUGUGCAGCCGCAGUCGCGCUGUCCAGCAACAACAUGCCAGCCUCUGCUCCGGUCCCGUCCUCCUCCCCGCCUGGCCCCGGCCUCCACCGAGGACCGAUGUACAACUGGCAGGCGACGAAGAGUUCCCUGAAGGAGCGCUUUGCCUUCCUCUUCAACAACGAGCUGCUCAGCGACGUCAGGUUCAUCGUGGGCAAAGGCAGGCAGGCCCAGCGGAUACCGGCCCAUAAGUUCGUCCUGGCCGCUGGCAGUGCCGUCUUUGACGCUAUGUUCAACGGCGGGAUGGCCACGACUUCAGCUGAAAUUGAACUCCCCGACGUGGAGCCAGCAGCCUUCCUCGCCCUGCUCAGAUUCCUGUAUUCUGAUGAAGUCCAUAUCGGUCCAGAAACUGUGAUGACAACUCUAUAUACUGCAAAGAAGUACGCUGUCCCUGCGUUGGAGAGUCGCUGUGUGGAGUUCCUCACCAAACAUCUAAGAGCUGACAAUGCAUUCAUGCUUCUGACUCAGGCAAGGUUGUUUGAUGAGCCUCAACUCGCCAGUCUCUGCUUGGACACCAUAGACAAAAGCACUGGUGAUGCAAUUAACGCUGAGGGCUUUACAGACAUUGAUCUGGACACCUUAUGUGCAGUGUUAGAGAGAGACACACUGAGCAUCAGGGAGAACCGUCUGUUUGAAGCUGUGGUGCGCUGGGCAGAGGCAGAGUGUUACAGGCAACAGCUUCCCCUGACAUCAGAGAACAAGCAGAGGGUUCUGGGGAAAGCCCUCCCUCUCAUCCGCUUCCCACUCAUGACUGUGGAAGAGUUUGCUGCUGGGCCUGCCCAAUCUGGAAUAUUGUUCGAUCGGGAGGUGGUAAAUCUGUUUUUACACUUUACAGUAAACCCCAAACCACGGGUCGACUACAUUGACAGGCCUCGCUGCUGCCUCAGGGGGGAAGAGUGCAGCAUUAAUAGGUUCCAGCAGGUUGAGAGUCGAUGGGGGUACAGCGGCACCAGUGACAGAAUCAGAUUCAAUGUAAACAGAAGAAUCUGUAUAGUUGGUUUUGGCUUAUAUGGUUCUAUACAUGGACCCACUGACUAUCAGGUCAACAUACAGAUCCUAGAAAGUGACAAACGCAUUACUCUGGGACAAAACGACACAGGCUUCAGCUGUGACGGCACAGCAAACACCUUCCGGGUGAUGUUUAAAGAGCCGGUGGAAAUCCUUCCCAGUGUCAACUACACUGCAUGUGCGACCUUGAAGGGUCCAGACUCACAUUAUGGCACGAAAGGGUUGAAGAAAGUUACUCAGGAGUCCGCUACAGGGGCCAAGACAACAUUUUUCUUUUUUAGCUCACCUGGAAACAACAAUGGUACGUCAGUGGAGGACGGGCAGAUACCAGAGAUCAUUUACUACACAUGAACCCAAGUGGUCUGGCUGAGAUGGACUUUGUGCCUGAAAAUCUUGUACAUUUAAAUGUGUGUAUAUUUGAUGGCAAAAAAAAAAACCACAGGUGUAGAUACAUAAUCUGGAAUGUAGGAGGGCUCGUGGGAAAAAUCACAGCUUUAAGGGCAUGAAAGUUACUUUUAUUUGAAAGUUAGCUGAAAAAUGUGUCUUGUCAUUGUUAUUUCAGUGUCCCACAGCAGUCCACACUGCCCAAAUUAUCCUGCACGUACAGGUACAACCUGUCAUUUUGUCUGUUUGAGCUGCUACCUUUACUUUAAAACACAAUUUUAUUGUGAACUGUGAUCAUUUAUUUUACAGUUUUCUUCAGCUGUUUCGUGUCUACGUUGUGUAAAACAUUCAUGACUGUUGUGACAUUAAACUGGCACAAAAUGUUAACAGUCAAUCAAAUGUAUGUCAAAGACUGUUGCUUCAACUUUCUCAAAGGUUUGGGCUUUUUUUUUUGUCAAAAACACCUGAAAGCCAAAAAGGAAAAGUUGUGAUUCCUCUUUUCUGUCACUAAGUGGUGCAAAUGUGCAAAUAAUCAGAAGAACUACAAGGGGAAAAAAUUAAGCAUGUCAAAAAAAAGAAAAAGAACGGCUGGAUAUUUUAGGGGUUUCCUGAUUAUAUUUUUUUGCGAUAAAAGUCAAAGUUUACAUGUAACACUCGAGGCAA